AUGACAUUAAAACAAACAUCAAAAAACUCAAAGAUAGAAAAUGAAAAAAGGAAGAAAAAAAGAGAAGAGGAGGAAGACGCUUUCUGUAAAGAAAUGGCAAGACUUGAAAAAGAAAUUCCAAAAAAAAGAAAUUCUCAAAAAAAAAAUAAUAAAAAAAAUGAUAAUUAUGAUUUUAUUCAACAACAACAACAACUAUCAAAUAAAAUAGGAAAUUUAAAUAUUAUUAGUAAUACACAAAAUGAUAAUAAUAAUAAUAAUAAAAAUAAUAAUAAAAAUGAAAUUUUAUUUUGGAAAGUUUAUAGAAAUGUAUUUUUAAAUUUUAAAAUAUUUAGUUUAUUAAAAUCAUCAUUUAAAUUGGGUGUUUUUUCAUAUGACCAAGUUAUUAGUAUGGGUUGGAUGAUAAAAUAUGGAUAUAUUGAUUUAUUAAAAUUUAAAAUCAAUAGAAAUGAACAUUUAUAUGGUGAUAGUAAUAUUGAUUAUAAUUUAUUAUACCCAUUUUUUAAAAUAUUUAAAAAUGAUGAAAAUCUUGAUGAUGGAGGUAAAGAUAAAAUAAUAAUUUCAAAUUAUAUAAAGGAUAAUUUAGUUGUGGAAGAAGAACACCACAAUGGUGGUAAACAAUUAAUUUUAUCAAGUAAAUUAAAAACAAUAUUAGAAACCAUUUCAAUUGAAUUGGAUAGUGUAAUAUUAAUGAAUAUUUUAGUUGAACAAUAUUAUCAUUUAACUAGAUUUUCACAAUUUAUAGAAUCAAUUAAACUUGGUUCAAAUAAAGUUGCAAAUUAUUUAUAUCAAACAUUUGAUUAUGAUAUUGAUAAAUCUGAUAUGAAAAAUCAAUUAAAAUUAAAAAAACCAAAAAAUCAAAAUUGUAAAUUAUUAUUAUUUUUUGAUUUUUUUAUUUUUAAAGAAAAUUUAGAAACUAUUUUAAAUUGUUGUCAAUCUUUAUUAUUAUAUAAUUCAUCACAACAACAAUAUUUAAAUUUAAUAUUAAAAUUAAAAGAUAAUAAUAAUGUUACAAUAAUUAAUCAAAUUGAAAAUGAAUCAUCAUCAUCAUUGAAUGUAAAAUUAACAAUGUUUGAAUUUAAUGAAAUUAAAUCAACAUUUACAAAUGAUGAAUUGAAACAAAUUGUUGGUAAUUUUUCAUCAAAAGAUAAAAGAGUUAAAAAGUUAUACUCUUGGUUAAUGUAUUUCAUAGGUUUAAAAGAGGUUAAAGGUGAAUUUAAAUUAUUUAAAAAUUAUUUAUUCUAUAAAGCAAAAUAUAGUAAAUUAUUUUUAAAUUUUAAAGAAGAUGAUUUACAAUUUUCAUUUAAUAGAUUUCAAUUUGGUGAUUUUGAUUCAAAUGAACAUAUAAAUUCUCAUUUAAGAAUUAAUUGUUUUAAACAAAAUAAUUCAAGAGGAUUUAAUAAUAAGAUAUUUGAAUUUUCAACUGUUGUAAUGAAUGAUGAUCAUGAUCAACAUAAUUCAAGAUUAUCAUUUUUAAAAAAUUCAUUUCAAACAUUAAGUAAUCAAAAAGAUCAAAAGAAAAGACAAAAUUCUUAUUUCGAUAUUAUUGAAUUUUGUAUAGAUUGUGAUAAUUUUGAAUAUUUGAAUUUGGCAAUUAAUGAAUUUAAAAAUAAAGAAAUUCAACAAAAUGAAGUUUAUUGUGGUGGUGGUGGUGUUGAUGUUGGUAAUUUUAAUUUCUUUUCAACAAAUAUCAUUUGUAAAUUUAAAUCAAUUGAAAUGUUUGAUCAAAUUUAUAAUUUAUUCCCAUUAGUAGAAAUAAAAGAAUUAAAGAAUAAAAAUGGUCAUCAUUUAUUCAGUGAUGCUAUCAUUUAUUUCAUUAAAUUUAAUCAAAAAUUUGCAAUUCAUAUCAAAUGUAAAUACCCAACAGAAUAUUAUAAUUUCACUAUAAAUUAUAGUCAAUUACUAUUAACAAAUCAAAAGUAUGAUAUUGAUUGUUACCAAUUUAUAAUUGACAAUUGGUGUGAUUUUUGUCAAAAUUCAAUUGAAAAUAUUAAAUUAUUUUCUUUGAAUAUAUUGACUUUUACAGAACCAAAAUUCAAACUACAUAAUAUUGAAUGGAUAUUAAAUAAUCAAGUAUUAAUGGAAUAUUUAUUAAAAAGUCAAUGGUACCUUAUCAAAGCUUCAGUCUCAACCACUAAAUCUGGUUAUCAAAUAUUUCAAAAGUUUCAAAAUUCAAUUGAAAAUCCUACAAACUUUAAAGUUUGGUCAUUCAUUUUUAACGAGUUUCGUAUUUAUCCAAACAAUGAUUCAUUAAUUAAUUUCACAUUUAAUAGUGAUAUAAAAAUGAGUUCUUUAAAAACUCAUUAUCCUUUAUUAUAUAAAUCAAUUUUAUCAAUUAAUUAA